AUGAACGAAGACGAAGCAGUCAACGCAACAACCAGCACGACAGUACAGCAUGGUACAACACCGGCAGAAAUUUGCCGCAUAGGUGUCAAGCCGCCGGUAUUUUGCAAACGCGACCCCGACUUAUACUUCCUGCAGAUGGAGACGCAAUUUCGCAACGCAAGCAUUACACAAGACCAAACGAAAUACGACUACGUGAUUGGUUCGUUGGACGGGUCUACACUAAGAAACGUUGCAGAUAUUGUGAGAUCACCUCCAUCGCAAAACAAAUACGACGCAAUAAGGAAUCGCCUGAUACAAGACUUUGCUGACUCUGAAAAUAAAAAGCUACGCAGACUCAUACUCGAGUGCGAACUUCAUGACAACAAGCCAUCGCAAUUACUUCGCACUAUGCGCGACCUAGCAGCUGGAGCCAUGAAUGACGGCGCACUGAAACAAUUCUGGCUAGAUCGUUUGCCCGUUGCAGUGCGAGCUGUUGUGUCCAUCGCUGACGGUGAUCUUGACAAAUGCGCACUCCAAGCUGAUAAAAUGAUGGAGAUGGGGAGUUAUGGUUCUGUAGCCACUGUAGAUGGUGCAAAAAAUUCUCAAUCAGCACAGUCAUUAUCAGUUGAAGAAAUGCAAACCAUAAAAAACGCCGUUUUACAACUGAGCAAAGAUGUAGCUGAAAUAAAGCAGCGACAAUACUCAAAUAGAAGACCUCGAUUCCGAACUCCAGAUCGUGAUCCAGUCCAGCACAUCCGCACACGUUCUGCAAAUCAGGUUAGUAAGCAACCUCUUUGUUUCUACCAUUACAGGUUUGGUGCCAAUGCAAUCAAAUGUACCAAACCUUGCAAAUUCAAGGCACCGGAAAACUAA